CCCUACGAUAUUUGCCUCCUUGGAAGGCAGCCAGAAGUCAGCAAAUUGAGCCUGGAAUGGAGUAUGGAGGGCAGAGGCAAGGCUUCUCACAAGUCCCCUGAGUGGGCUCGACUGAUGCUAUGGAUGUUCAUGAAGCAUUAGCCGGACGGCCUCCAUCACCGUCUGAAUAGAUAUGAAGCCCAGAAUCAGCCGCUCCAGGAGAAAGCUGCUUGAGAUGAGGAAAAUGUUGAUCGCACAGCAUCAGGCAACACUCAGUGACACGCGUCAAUAAGGGUCGCACUGACAUCGCCUCUUAUUGAUUUAAUGAUAAACAAAAUGGUCAGAGAUUUCACAAAGUCAUUGUGAAACGGUGUGAUUGAGGGGGCUUAACAGUAAUUGUCACUGUGGAUGACGUUUUGGGAGACUAAUAGUCUGAAAUGAUGGGUUUGUGACCGCAGUGGAUAGAGUUUUUGAGUCAUCUUAAAGAGAGGGCACCCAGGACAGCUGACAGCAGGACUAUAACAGGAGAGUCUCUGCCACAGGGGACAGGAGCCGGAUCUGCUGAAUCAUUCCCUCCCUUACGCAAGAGGACGGACCCUCAGCUCCUGGCCCAGUUCUACUACGCUGAUGAAGAGCUGAACCAGGUGGCCACUGAGCUGGACGGGCUGGACGGCAGGAAGGACCCUCAGAGAUGCACGCUGCUUGUCAACCAGUUCCGCUCCUGUCAGGACAAUGUGCUGAACAUUAUCAACCAGAUUAUGGAUGAAUGUAUUCCCGACGAGCGGGCCAACAGAGACUUCUGCGUCAAGUUCCCUGAGGAGAUUCGUCAUGACAACUUGGCCGGGCAGCUGUGGUUUGGGGCUGAGUGUUUGGCCGCCGGCUCCAUCAUCAUGAACAGGGAGAUAGAGAGUAUAGCGAUGAGGCCCCUGGCUAAGGACCUCACUCGCAGCCUGGAGGAGGUUCGCAACAUCACCAGAGACCAGGCCCUGAGGGACCUCAACUUGUACACGGACCGCAUGAAGGACGCGUUGCGGCAUUUCGACAGCCUUUUUGCUGAGUUUGAGCUCAGCUAUGUGUCAGCCAUGGUGCCUGUGAAGUCUCCCAAAGAAUACUAUGUACAGCAGGAGGUGGUUGUGCUCUUCUGUGAGACUGUAGAUAGGUCCCUAAAGCUGGGCUAUCUCACACAGGACAUGAUCGAUGACUACGAACCUGCACUCAUGUUUACAAUUCCCCGACUAGCCAUUGUGUGUGGACUGGUUGUGUAUUCAGACGGACCUCUCAACCUAGAACGCAAAUCAGAGGACAUGUCUGAGCUCUUCCGACCUUUUCGCACUUUAUUAAAGAAAAUCAGAGACUUGCUGCAGACCUUGAGUGAUGAAGAGCUGAUCACACUGGAGAGGAACCUGUGUAUCUCUCAGGACGGGGAGUCCAUAGACGAGGAGCCGGCCACAGACAGCUCUCCAGCUCCAGUCCAAGAGAACCACUCAUCUUGCUGCCCUGCUAAUGACAACUCCAAGGGGGAGAGUGAGGGGGAGCAGGAGCACCUGGCUCCGUUUGUCUGUGCCAACCAGGAGGAGGAGCUGGCAGAAGUAGAGAAGGGCUGGGAGGAGGUGGAAACGGAGAAGGGGGAGGUGGAGCAGGAGCAGGGCCUACUGUGUGAGGAGGCGGAGGAGGCAGAGUUGGCAUGCUCCAUGCAGUACGACGAGGAGGAGCUGGAGCAGCUCAACAUGAUGGUGUACCGCGUGGGAGACGAGAUGUCCACCCUUUUGUCUCCUCCCAGCCAGGGUCAGUCCCCGGCACACCGCCCCCACAGAGGAGAGGCGGGGGGCUCCAGCGGGGCGUCCAGCACGGAGGCCUCCCCCCGCAGGUACCUGGUGAGUCGGGGAAGGACAGGCAUCUAUGUAGAGGAGGAGGACAAGGUGUUCUUCAUGGAGGACCUGGACGUGCCAGGAGACGUCAUCACCAGCAUUUCAAGAGAGGCCUACGUUAGUAUCUCCUCUCCUUCCAAAACAGCAGAGUCUGCUCGUCCUGCGCAGCGCAAACCGGGGCCUCGGCCAGACCCCACCAGGAACGGCUGGUGCUCAGAGGCGCAGUCGGAGCAGCCGUGCCCACAGCCGCGCAGCCUGAACGCACUCUGUCCCAACACAAAGCGCUCCCUUUCUUGCACUUCUACUCCCGGUUCUGAAUCUCUGCCUUACACCAACGGGUGGGAGAUGGGUCUGGAGGGCCCGGCGUCUGAAACGGCGGAGGUCAUCGCGCACCGCAUGGGUGGGAUGAAGCUGUCUGCUACGGUCAUCUUCAACCCUCGCUCCCCCAGCUUGACGGAGCUUGCUGUGGACAAGCUGCUGCUGCCUAGGCCCGAUCCCUCUGAGGUCGAGCCCUGCGGCCCCCUGGUGGCCACUCACUGCCUGCUCAACUCCUGUGUGUGUUGUGGGAGCUGUGAGGACGCCCACGAAGACAACAUCCCCACAGAGAGCUCUGGACUCGGGUUAGGCCUCACUCUGGGGUUGGAUAAACACUCUAAGACCGCCGUCCCGAGCUCUGUCAUACAAUCUUCCGCUUGCCGGCUGCCCCCACGAGGUCAUGAUCCUCACAGUAAGGGAGAUCUGGCCCAGUUGACUCCCCCUUCUUCCCGCUGCUCUGCAGAGACCCUCGAGGAGGGUUCAAAGUCUCCGCUCCGUGAGAAGUGCCUGGCCGUGGCUCCGGGGCCGGGGCAUCGCGCUCAGGACUGCGGCUACCUCGGAGGGGACGGACCCUCCCUGUGCAACCACCAGCUGAGGAAUGAUAAGAGACAGCAGGCCAGUGGAGGCCAGCAGAGGGACAGGGAGACGGAUAACGACAAAUCGGGAAUUAAAGACUCCAAGAGGGACAUCAAAGAGGACAACAGGAGAAAUUUUCAGAGCUCUCCCCUCAGCUCUGUGUCAGGUAGUGACUGUGACAGUGUGUCGGUCACCACAUGUAGUCUGUCAAGCAGCGCAUACACUCCCAGCCCUGUCAGCAGUCUGACCCCCAGCUCAGGGAUGUCAGAGGACCUGGACCAUCAGGAGAUCCAGCUGGCUCUGCAAAAUGCAAAGUUGGCCGCCAGGAACAAGAUCCGAUCACGCUUCCACAGCAGCAGCGACCUCAUCCACCGCCUCUUUGUUUGUAUAUCAGGCGUUGCUGAUCAGCUGCAGACCAACUAUGCUAGUGACCUUCGCAGCAUCCUCAAGACUCUGUUUGAAGUCAUGGCAACAAAGUGUGAGGAGGGAGACGACGAUAACCACAAGAAAGCAGGUCCUGUUCUGCGUAAUGCCGUGCUGGAGGACUGCGCUCUCUGUCAGGAGACCAUUUCUUCCUCGGAGUUGGCAGCCAAGGCCCGGGAAGGCCAGUUUGAAGACCCUCCAGACUGGGUCCCUGAUGAAGCCUGCAACUCCUGCAUUGCCUGCAAGGCUCCCUUCACUGUCAUCCGCAGGAAGCAUCACUGUAGGAGCUGUGGAAAGAUCUUCUGCUCUCGCUGCUCCUCCCACUCUGCUCCUCUCCCGCGGUAUGGCCAGGUGAAGCCAGUCAGGGUUUGCACACACUGCUACAUGUUUCAUGUCACGCCUUUCUACAGCGACAAGGCCGGCAUCUAAACUCAGCAUGUCCCCGAAAGCACAAAGUCCGCCACAACAAGCAUAUGCAACGAACAAUCCAGGGCUGUGCACAAAGCAAAUGCCACACUGCUCUGGAAAACGUAAUGGUCGUCAUCUUAUCUGCUCAGCAAGGCUGCAGAGGGAGGCCAUUACAGAUGACAGAGCAGAGCCAAGAGACACGCAGACUCCAGUGAUGAUACGACCCGCUGCUUUGGAGAGACUGGCUGCCAGAGGGUUUAAUUUCAGAGCCCAGCCAACACACAAAAAUGAUUCACAAAUGCCUGUCUGACUGAAGAGGCGCAAAAGAGAGAGGGGAUAAACAGGCAAUAACAGAUUUUGAACUGGCAAUGUGCAUCAGUCCUCUGUAGCAGCUUGCAGCACAAAAUCAAAACGUGCCACCUAGUUUGUUAUGUUGCUUUGGGUGAAAAUGAAAGGACUUGUGACAUAUUUUCCUAUGCUUUUGCGAGCUUCCUACAUUUGUGCCAGGGUUCCUACGGGACAUGGAUCACUCAAAAGAAUGUAAGUCAUGAUUACUAUGUAAAUAAGGAUAUUUCUGGUUAAGCUACACUACCAUGUCUCCAGUAAAGAAUUGCUUUUUAUAAGGGCACUAGAACGCAGUCUUUACCAGGCUACCAGUCCCAGUAAAGCAAGAAUGACAAACAGCUUUUAUACUGCGAUUCUUUCAUGCUUUUAAUGGCAAUGAAUGUGUUAGUCUGUAUCACUUUGUGAACCGGAGUCUAGGUUCCAACAAGUUGCACCUCUUGAUGGCAUUGGGCUGUGCCCGAUGCUUUUACAGUUGCACCACGGCAUGUUUAGUGUUCUCUGGGGACUCCGCUGCACACUGAUGGAUGAAAGGGAUUCCUUAGUCAUCGCUGUCAGGAUCUUGGAGGCCCCCUAGUGGAGAGUUGACCUGUCUUCGCUCCAUGUUUGUUCUGAACCAGAGGCCUUCUCAGGUGAUGGCCUACAGACUACAGGCCGAUUAUUGCCCAUUGAUUUCUCUUCCUCACACUUGUUAUAGUGCAAUAUUCUGACUACUAACAGCAAUGGUCCUGCAUAUUUUAGAGACAACACUAAGCUAUUUCAAUUGUAUUUAUAGGCCAAUUCUGAUCAAUUACGCUGUUUUGGGUUUACAUUAAAUUAUUUCAAGCUUCAGCUCUGGUGAUACUUUGAGUGGAUAUUAGGUGAUUUUGUUUUCAGACUGACAUAAUUUAUACCUGACUUCCUUUCUGCUCUUGAAUCUGCUUCCAUUGCAUACAAGGUACCUUCCAUGCUCAUCAUAUAUCACAAUGUGCACAUCUAAAUGGGCGGAAGUGUCCAAUCUACAAAUAUGUACCUUGGAGCAACAUAAAUAACACAUCCUGUCAAUUCUGCUCUGAUAUAAAGCAGUUCUCAGGCAUUACAUAAUCAACAUCCUUCACAAGUCUUGGAUCAAUUUUAUUUUCAUCAAAGAACAUAUAAAGUAACUUUGAAAUGUUUUUUUUCCUUUUAUAAAGAACAAAAAUUAUGUAUGAACUACAUGAAGCUAUAAAUACUUUAAUGUAAAAUACAAGGAAUCAUGCAGUAAUUAAAAGGCCAGUUAUCUUAUUGUUUCAGAGCUUGGUCUUAUUUUGUAAAAUUCAAGGACAUUUCCAUGAUAACAGCUGUGUAAAAUAAUCAACAAACAAAUAAUGUUAUAUAGUUUUAAAUGCGAUGUAUAUUGAAAUAAAUUACUUUUUCCUGUA